CCCCUUCCCCUUCCCACUCUCUCUCACUUCUCACUGAAGCUUAAAAAAAAGUUCCUUCCCCACCUCACAAGUCCGAAACGUUUCGUCGGAGGUUUCACAUUCCGGCCAUGGCUACCAGACAGCAACAGCAACAGAGAUACCGUGGCGUCCGUCAGCGGCAUUGGGGCUCCUGGGUCUCCGAAAUUCGCCACCCGCUUCUUAAGACGAGAAUAUGGCUGGGGACGUUCGAGACGGCGGAGGACGCGGCCCGAGCGUACGACGAAGCGGCCCGGCUGAUGUGUGGGCCGAAAGCCCGGACCAAUUUCCCUUACAGCCCGGCCCAAGCCCAGUCGUCUUCUUCCAGGCUCCUCUCCGGGACCCUCGCCGCCAAGCUACACAAAUGCCACAUGGCCUCCCUCCGAGGAAUCGCCUCCAACAAAAUCACUGCUACUAAUAAAACUACUACUGCUACGACUAAAACUGGUGCAGUGAAGAUGGAAGAUACGAUUCUGUACUCGCAGGAACAUCGAUGGAGAGAAGAAGCGCAAUGCUGCGUCGGCGGCGGGGAAGCUGCGGCGGCGGAAACGGUGGCCGGAGGGAGUUUUGAGAUGGCCAAUGAUCAGGAGGCGAAGCAAAAUGGGUUUGUUGUUGACGAGGAUGAGCAGAUUAUGGUAGAGCAGAUGAUAGCGGAGCUGCUGGAUUGUGGCGUGUCCCUGGAGCUUUCUUCUGUUUCUUCCUCAUCUUAUAAUUACUAAUUAAUUCAGAGUUAAUGAUAUUAAAUGUUAAUUAAUUAACUAGUAUGGCUUAAUUUUAUCUUCUUUCAAGGCUUCUUCUAGUUCUACCCUUUGCUUUUCUACGACGAACUUCCCACUUCCAUGCUUGAAUGCUUUCUGCCUUUCUUUUCCAAAAUUAAAUUUUUAUAGAUAACUAAACUAACAGAUGGAUGAUGACAUGUUGCAAACAAUAUUUACUUACACAGAACCAUUUUUUUUUUACAAUAAAUGUUCUACCUUUUA